GCUACGAGGGUAUGAUGAAAAUAAUGUCAGAAGGAGUAAUUGACAUAGCUGGUAAUCUAAGAGCAAUUCAAGCUGCCAUCAAAGAGACAACUGCACGGAGAGCAAACAAUGGGGCUGAACCAACACUUGUGGCUGUGAGCAAAACAAAAUCUGUUUUAAUGAAAAAAGCGUAUGAUGCUGGUCAGAGGCAUUUUGGAGAAAAUUAUGUGAAAGAACUUCUUGUGAAGGCAAAAGAUGCUGAUCUGAAUCAUCUUUGUCCAGACAUAAAGUGGCACUACAUAGGGAUGUUGCAGAAAAACAAAAUAGCACAGCUCAUUGGUUGCCCCCGUUUAUAUAUGGUUGAAACAAUAUCAUCAUUUGAAGUGGCAGACAGCUUUGAAAAAAAGACAAAAGAAGGCACGUCCUAUCAAGUUAUGAUUCAAGUUAAUACCAGUGGUGAAGAUAGCAAAAGUGGGAUUUUACCUUCAGAAUGUGCGAAUCUAGCAUUUCAUAUUGUUGAAAAUUGUCCUAAACUAAAACUCCGCGGAGUAAUGACUAUUGGAAGCUUUGGACAUGAUUAUUCAAGUGGGCCUAACCCAGACUUUGAAUGCCUUAGAAAUUGCAGAGAAAAGGUAUGCGAAAGAUUAAAAAUUCCAUUAGACAAUAUGGAAUUGAGCAUGGGUAUGUCUGCAGACUUUAAAGAAGCCGUUCUAGCUGGUAGUACUAAUGUUCGUGUUGGUAGUCAAAUAUUUGGUGCUAGAGAAAAGUAAAUCAUGUUCAAUGACGUAGAGGUCAUUCAUUAUUCCGCAAAAUGAUAGUUAAUCUCAAAAGUUCUUUUUCGUUCAAUGUUGCAUUUUAGAAAGAAAUUUGUUUUAUUCCUAGAAUAAUUAUGCAUUUCGUUCACUAUAAUUUAUCAGAGGGUUUCGGAAGUUCAUAAAGCAUCAUUGGUGUGUAAAAUCUAUCCAGGCAAUAUUGUAUGUAAACAUUUUUUAAUGUAAAACAG